CAAACAAACAGAUAACAGACCCCGUUGACCACACUAUAACAUUCUUCUUUUGAAGGAGUCCAAAUUCAAAGAUUAACCUACUUCUACAUUUUCACCAUCUUCAGCUGAUCAAGCUUUAGAAAUUGAAAAAAGAAAUAUGACAGAACCUAAGCUAUUUACCAUAAGCUCUCUUCUAAUGGCCUUUCUCUUUGCUUACUCUGCAUCAGUUCAGUUAAACGACCCAGAUUGGUACUUCUGGUUACCUCUUUAUACUUUUGCUUCUGCUAUUAAUCUGAUUAAUAUCGGGAGAUAUAAGCAAUCACAAGAAAUCCAGAACAUAGCCAGACUGGAUUUGUUGCUAGGUAUAUUUUUGUUUAUGAAAGUUGUGAUCGAAGAUUAUGUAUAUGAAUUAGCUGGUUUUAGUUCAAUGGAUUUUAGUCAAAGAGUUGUAAGAGAGAAAACUGGAAGUGGGUUAGUUGUGAUUUCGAUGCUUCUUCAGUUGCUUAGUUCCUCGGACCAAUCUACAAAGGGAAAUACUAAAAAAAUCAAGGUGGCACCACGAUAUGUUAAUUACGGUAUGGCAUUGUUGGUGAUUUUGAGUUAUGGCAUCCCUCUAGUCUUCUUUGUGUUCCUUAAAGGGGAAAUAGAAGAUUUAAGGAGGUGAAGUUAUGAAGAGAUAUGAAAUAAGAAAGAUGCAAACAUUAACAACAAGAUUUUCAUAUUCUUGGGGCAAAAUCUAGUGGGUUUCAGAUACUCGGUGGAGAAUAUCCCUUUGUACGAUUCAUAGGAGGAUGGCCCUGAUAUCCUUAAUGCAAGUGCAGACUCCUCAAAAAUUGAAUCUAGUACCAUGAUAAUAAAGCAUGACCAUUCUUUAAAACGAAUGCCAUAGCUGAACCUGAGCUUAGUUAACAGUCCUCAGCGCUUGUUAUAGAGCCACUUGAUUCAAUUCCAAUGGAGGGUGUGGUAAUGAAUUGAGGGGAAGAUUGAAGUAAGCGAGGAAAUGAAAGUAUAUCAGUCUGAUACAAAUGCUACUAGAGCUCAUCAGGCUUUUGCACAGAAAAAUGCAAUGCUGUCUCGUAUACGAAGUAAUAGUGCAUGCCGGAAUUAUUACAUACAGCGGAGCCCUAUGUCCAACAAAAAAACAGCAAAUUAUGCUAACGGCAAGUCAAAACAUUUAGCCCAGAAACAAGUUGAUGCAGCAUUUGUCGCUCAACUUUUAGCAUCAAAGGAAGCAAGAGAGGAGAUCAAUGACUGAGAUAAGAAUCAAUGCCAUUCUCUGGUUUUGGGGAUCUGACAUUGUGCUGGACUGUGUUCACCUGGUUGUAGUGAAACUAAAUUCAAUUUUUUGGUAUGGUAAUGAUAUUUAUUUAUUUUU